AUGGCAGCAAUUGCUAAUGACCUCGCUCAGCAACAAGUAGCAACUUCUGUGGAACCGUCAAAACUGAAUUCUGGCGUUAAAACUGGUAAAUCACGGGAUACAGGAAACCUUGAUGAAGGCAACAAUAGAAGGGGCUUUGGAGUUCUUCGAUUUGCCGGAGGACGAAAAGCGGAGAUUAUAUUUGAGUACGCCGAAAGAAGCCGAUUUGUAGCAAGAACAUUACUUCAAGGGAUGUCUGAAAACCUGGGAUUGGAAGAAGUAAAUGUGGAAGAAAUCCUAAAGUUGGACUCAAUGUUCCAACUAUUUGCUGUAAAUUAUUAUCCACCUUGUCCACAGCCAGAUCAAGCAAUUGGGCUCCCACCACAUACAGAUCAUGGUCUUUUGACCUUUUUGAUACAAAAUGGAGUGGCUGGACUACAAAUUCAACAUAAUGGGAAGUGGUUUAAUACAAAUUCACCUCAGAAUUCUAUUCUAGUUAACACUGCCGAUCAGCUUGAGAUAUUCAGCAAUGGGAAAUACAAGAGUGUGAAGCACAGAGCUGUUGUGAAUAACCAAGCGACAAGAAUUUCAGUUGUUAUUGCCAAUGGUCCAUGA